CGGAUGCGGCUCUCUCGUUUCUGGCGACCACUCUUAUUUAUUUAUAGGACGUCUCGCUCUGUCACUUCAUUGCAAUCCCUUCUCCAAUGGCGGCCCCCACCAACCCCACCUGGAGGAACGGGAGCUUCCCUCCCGAGCUCGAGAGCUUCCACGAGUUCUUCGAGUGCUGGCUCGUCAAGCAGAACCAGGACCUCCACGACCUCAUCUCCGCCUCCUCCCCAGCUCGGGACGCCAGCGACCAAGCCCUCCGCCCCCUCAUCGACCGCGUCGUCCGCCACUACGAGCAUUACUACACGGCCAAGUCGCGGUGCGCCAAGCAGAGCGUGCUCCCCAUGUUCUCGCCCGCGUGGAGGAGCUCGCUCGAGGACGCCUUCCUCUGGAUCGGCGGGUGGCGCCCCAGCAUGGCCUUCCACCUCCUCUACUCCAAGUCCGGCCUCCAGCUCGAGGCCCACCUUGCCGAGCUCCUCCGGGGCCUCACCACUGGGGACCUUGCCGACCUCUCCGCAAGCCAGCUCGCCCUCAUCGACGACCUCCAGGGGAGCACCAUCCGCGAGGAGAAGGGCAUCACAGAGAAGUUCGCCAAGCUCCAGGAGACGGUUGCCGACGCGUCCAUGGUGGAGCUCUCCCACGCUGCAACGGAGAUGACCCGCGACGAGGCUGCGAUGGAGGAGGAGGUGGAGGGAGCGCUGGCGGCAAAGGAGGAGGGACUGGAGGAGAUUCUGGAGAUGGCGGACGAUCUCAGACUGCGCACGCUCAAGGAGAUUCUCAACAUCCUGUGCCCGAUGCAAGCCGUGCAUUUCCUGAUCGCAGCUGCAGAGUUGCACCUGAGGAUUCACGAGUGGGGGAAGAAGAAGGACGAAACUCAAGCUCAAACUCGCCAUACCUAA